UGGGCCGGGCUGCCAGCCCCUCGCGACCCGCCGGCUGACAGUGGGAGGAGCCGGCCUCGAGGGCUGGGGUCGCGCCGGAGCCCCCGACGGGCGAGCCGGACCGGGAGCCUCGCGCAGGCCGGGCGCGCGGCGGGAGGGCUGCUGGGGCCACGCCGCCGGCUCCCCGCACUGAUCGCGCCGCGGUGGGGCGGGGGGCUUCGCAGGCCGACAUGCUGCUGGAGGAGGUCCGCGCCGGCGACCGGCUGAGCGGGGCCGCGGCUCGAGGCGACGUGCAGGAGGUGCGCCGCCUUCUGCACCGGGAGCUGGUGCACCCCGACGCCCUGAACCGCUUCGGCAAGACGGCGCUGCAGGUCAUGAUGUUUGGGAGCUCCGCCAUUGCCCUGGAGCUCCUGAAGCAAGGGGCCAACCCCAACAUCCAGGACGCCUCCGGCACCACUCCGGCUCAUGACGCGGCUCGCACUGGAUUCCUGGACACCCUGAGGGUGUUGGUGGAACAUGGCGCUGAUGUCAACGCACCUGAUGGCACAGGCGCGCUCCCCAUCCAUCUGGCGGUGCGGGAGGGCCACAACGCUGUCGUCAGCUUCCUGGCUGCUGAGUCUGAUCUCCAUCACAGGGAUGCCAGGGGGCUCACCCCCCUGGAGCUGGCUCGGGGAAGAGGGGCGCAGGAUCUCAUGGACAUACUGCAGGGGCACACGGUGGCACCGCUGUGACCCGGGGCCAACCUCUCCUCCGGCAUCAGGACCCAGCUGCGUUCUAUGUCAGAAGAGGAGGAAAGAAACACUUUCUCCCCUAGCUCCUCCUGACCACUGCCGAAGGGGAGGGGCCCCAGUUUGUGGCUUGUUGGUGUUGAUUUCUGGAGUGUGUGUGUUCGAGGGCCAUUUCUCAUUUCUUUUUCUCACCCCUUUUGGUGUAUCGAGCAGAGAAGGGCUCCUGCAGGCAGCAACAACGUAAACGGUUCAGUUUCCUCCACGCCCCGGGCUGCUGGGGCCGCAGACGAGGCCCAAGGGCAGAGCGUUUAAAAGCCCAGCCCGAGUGAGGUCAUCGCUUCCAGGGCUCCUGGAACCUGGCGACCUUGGCCGGCUGCACCCAGAGAGAGACCUCAAGUGUGCACACUGCUUUCGGGCAUCGGGGGAGGGGGGUAUUCCAAAUCAAUAAAAGGGUAGUAUGAGUUCAUUCCUAUUUUGUUGGAAGCUUGUUUUCCAGUCUCUUGUACAGCGUUAAAAAAAAGAAAAGAUUCUAUUUAUUAAGCUUUAUGGAAAAAAUUGUUGUGUGUGAUAAUUUAAUGUUUUUACCCAUUAAAUUAAGACUUGUGCCUGA